AUGUCGCCCGCGCGAUACGCCACUCCUGAUCCCGAUGACGACGGCUACGACGAGGACGUGCCCGCGCCGGCACCCCCUGCCGCCGACGACGAUGCCGCGCCGGCCGACGAGCCUGUCUUGCCCGACCCGUCGUGCUGCCCCGCGCUCCCGCUGCUGCUGCUCGCGCUCAUCGGCACGGUCGCCUCCGCGCUUGCCUUCGCGCGUCCGCCCGCGGCGCUGCUGCAGUGUGCACCAGACACGAUCGCGGUGACGCGUUCGAUCGAGGCCGGCGCCGCGACGCGGCCGGGAGAUGGCUGGUUCGGGUCGUGGGGACGGCACACCCACACGGACAUGAUGCACUGCGUUCCGAAAGAGCACUCGCCAGAGGCCGCCGAGGCGGCGACUCGCUCUCACAAGCUCGGCCUCGAGGCGGCGGAGGCGGCGGCGGCCGCGCAGCAGCAGCUGGUCGAUUCUCUGGGCGCCGUUUCGGAGCGGCUGGCCCACAGCGGCUGCCGACCGGUCCGCGACCCGGCCGACGUCACCGCGCUUGGCGACGCCCUGGCGUGUGUGCGUCGGCACCGAAAGCUGCCGGCCGCAAAGCGGUUGGAGACAGCCGCCAUUCUGGUGCUGGUGGACUCGACGCCAGGCGACGACCUGCUCAGCAGCGUCGACUGGCCCGCGGCGGGCUUCGAGUUCCUGACCCUCGCCGAAAAGAGCGACGACGUGCUCGCCCGAGAGGUGCAGGCGCUGCUGCGCUGA